UUACACUUGGCACAAUGCAGUCAGGCAAGUACCGUUCUCUUGGCAACUGCCAAACCCAGACACGUCCAUCAGAUUGCCAGACAGAGAAGCGUGUUCCAGAGAACACAUCUCAACUGCUCUAGAGUCCAGUGGUGGUGCUUAGUUACUGUUGUUCCCAGUUGCUUCCACUUUGUUAUAAUACGACUAACAGUUGACUGUGGAAUAUUUAGUAGCAAGGAAAUUUUAUGGAUGGACCUUUUGCACAGGUGGCAACCUAUCUCGGUAUCACGCUUGAAUUCACUGAGUUCCUGAGAGCGACCCAUUCUUUCAAAAAUGUUUGUAGAAGCAGUCUGCAUGUCUAG